AUGUCGGAUGUUCCUCAGGAUUUGUUAGAGGAAAUACUCUCCAAGGUUUCAACCACGUCUUUGAAAGGACGACAAUCUACUUGCAAAAGAUGGAACGCUUUACUCAAAGACCAAAGAUUCGCCAAGAAGCACCUUUGUAAAGCUGCAAAGAAGUCUCAGCUUCUCAUAUUGAAGGAAUAUCGAGUUUUUCCAAUGAGCGUCUAUCUCAACGUAGCUCCUCCAUCUAUAGCGUUUAAGGGCUCACUUAGCCUAAGAGAUUCCCAUCCUUAUCUAGAAGAAGUCCAUAUAGGCAAAGUGUCUCAUUGCGAUGGUUUGUUGUUAUGCACCACCAAAGACUAUAGAUUUGUGGUUUGGAAUCCUUGUUUGGGGGAGACCAGGUGGAUCCAACACAAAAAUAGUUACACAGGUUACUCUAAGUUUGCUCUAGGAUACCAAAACAACAACAAAGUUUGCCGUAUCUACAAAAUCUUGAGGAUUCACGCUGAUGUGAAUGGAAGGUUUACUAUCACACAUCAUGGACAUCAGAUCAUCAUGCGAAACACCAAGCUCGAGAAGUAA